UCUGUUCUCUGCUGCGGAAAAAAAGAACGAAGUGUUAUAAACAUACCAGAAUUCUAGUAAUGAGUGAGAACUGAUAAAGAUUAUCUACCGGCUGAUAAAAAUUUGUAUUUUCGGGAGAAAUAUUUAGUGUUUUUCGUUUAGAAGAUGUUGGCAAGACACGUGGUUUGUAUGCGGUAAAAUGACGCGUUGCAAAAUUUUAUUUUUGUCUUUCUUGGAUUGAAAUUGUAUGUUCUUGAAGAAACCUUUUCCAUAUGAUUAAUUUGGUGGAUUGAAAAUGACCGGAAGACGUACCUCUUCGCGUUUGAAUGUGCCGAUGCAACGAAGCGAUAGUGGUAGUGGAGAUGAGUUGAACUUUGAAGAUGUCCCUGCUGAUGAUGAAAUGCAAUCAUCCCCCCUUUCUCCCAGUUUCUCCCCCAUUACUUCCCCUUCUCACAGAGUAAAGAAACGAGAACGUACAUGGUCAUCUUCAAAAUCAGGUGUAUCAAGAGAGCCUGUACUCAGGACAAGACAGAGGACCAUCUACACAGCUGGUCGUCCACCGUGGUAUGACACUCAAGGACAACUGGUGGAGCCAUUUGUAAUUGGAAUUUGUGGUGGCAGUGCUUCUGGUAAGACAACUGUAGCCAGAAAGGUGAUUGAAGCUUUAGAUGUUCCUUGGGUAACUCUGUUGAGUAUGGACUCAUUUUACAAAGUGUUGGAUGAAGAACAUCAUAGGAAGGCCAAAAAUAAUGAUUAUAACUUUGAUCAUCCAGAUGCUUUUGAUUUUGAUUUACUUAUUGAAACUCUGAGAAAGCUAAAGGAAGGAAGAAGUGUUGAUGUUCCCAUUUAUAACUUUGUCUCUCAUUCCAGGGAAAAAAGAAUGAAGACAAUGUAUGGUGCAAAUGUUAUAAUCUUUGAAGGCAUUCUAAUAUUUGCCCAUAAACAACUAAUUGAAAUGAUGGACAUGAAAGUGUAUAUUGAAACAGACUCAGAUAUUCGGCUUGCCAGGAGGUUGAGACGAGAUAUCAUGGAAAGGGGACGUGACCUUGAAGGAGUCUUAAAGCAGUAUGAGAAGUUUGUAAAACCUGCUUUUGACUACUAUAUAGCUCCUACUGUAGUUCAUGCAGAUCUUAUCGUCCCCAGAGGAGGUGAAAAUGAAAUUGCCAUUUCUCUAAUUGUUCAGCAUGUUCAUACGCAAUUGCAACUGAGGGGCCUUAAAUUAAGAACAAAAUUGGCCCAGUGUCAUUCAGGUCAACCUCUUCCGGAAGCUCUUUCAAUUCUUCCUUCCACAUCUCAAAUUAAAGGCCUCUACACCUUCAUUCGGGAUAAAAAUACUUCCCGUGAUGAGUUUAUUUUCUAUUCCAAACGGCUCAUGAGGCUUCUUAUAGAGUUCUCCCUGUCUUUGCUUCCUUUCAAAGCAAUUACCAUUGAAACACCACAAGGUAUUCCUUAUCAGGGAAAACGAAUUGCCACUGAAAAAAUCUGUGGUGUUUCUAUUUUGCGAGCUGGAGAAACAAUGGAACAAGCUUUAUGCGAUGUUUUGAAGGAUGUGAGGUUAGGUAAAAUCCUCAUUCAGACUAACCAAGAUACUGGUGAACCUGAGCUGUAUUACCUUCGACUGCCUAAGGACAUUAAGGAUUAUUUCAUAAUACUUAUGGAUGCUACUGUGGCAACGGGUGCUGCUGCCAUGAUGGCCAUUCGAGUUCUACUUGACCAUGAUGUCCCGGAAGAAAAUAUAAUGCUCUGUUCUUUAUUAAUGGCUGAAUCUGGAGUUCAUACAAUAGCUUAUGCCUUUCCAAAAGUGAAAAUAGUUACUUCAGAAGUUGACCCUGAAGUCAAUGAUAGGUUUUAUAUCAUGCCUGGAAUUGGAAAUUUUGGUGAUCGAUAUUUUGGAACCGAAGCCUUUUAGACUGUGAUAGCUACUUUUGACCACUAGUAAUGUAUAAAGGAAAAACAAGUUUGACCAAGACCCUGGCCUUUAAUUGCUAUUGUGUUGACUUUGUAUAAAGUAUAUUUAUUUAUUUCUAUUUAUCAAUUUGUUAUUGACCUCUUCCCCCUAUACACAAUCUUAUAUGAUAAAAUUAAAUAUUAUAAAAACAAUUGAUAUUCAGGGCCUUUCCGUGAUCAACUGUUAAAAAAAUCAUUGUUUAAGUUAAAUAUUAAAUCUCAUUGGAGAGGCAAAUCUUCUUUUGAUAAUUUUUUCAGUCAAUUCAUUCUUGUCAAUUGUUUCUUGAAAUUUAAAAGUUCUAGUCUUUGUUUUGAAAAUAUUUCCUCCUUGAAAUUUUAUUGUUGAUCUUUCUAGUCUGUUAGUAAAAUGGGGAAAGAAAGAAGUAUUGAAAGUAAAGAAUGAUGGAUAACGGAUAUGCUUGCAUUUGUUUUUUUGAAUGCCAAAUAUUAUAGAAUUCCAAUAUUUGUUGCAUUUCUCAAUUGUUUAUCAAAAACUUAUUCCAUUAUUGGACAUCUUUUUUAUUAUUAUUAUUUUGGAAGUUUCAACCGAUAUUGGUGGAAGAAGUAUUUGUAGAUUUGUACAGAACUAUACCACAUUACUAACUUGUGUAAAAUAAAUGCUGUGAAAAUGA